GCUGACUUACUCUUUGGACGAUGUCGUGAUCGCGCUAGUAACAUCUUCACCUCGCUCAUUGGCCGUUCAUCAGUCACUAGUCUGCGACCCACAUGGCAUAAAAUGUUUAGUCGGGGGUAUCGGAGACACCACACGCUUCACUGUGUCGGCCCUCUGUCUGUCUCUACAUCCACUUUUCCUUUACUUUCUUAGCCAUCGCGGACUGUCGCCGAAAGUUGAUACCAUGUCCGCACUAGCUCGAAACCGCGGACCACAGAUGGCGGCCACAUAUUCCAAGAUCACGCGACCAGCAUUCCAACAUUCUGUUCGCAGUCUUGCUACAGUAUCACCAGUGCAAACUGCAACACGCAACCACAAAAUCGUCGUUAUUGGUGGCGGCUCGGCAGGCAUAUCUCUCUCACAUCAACUGCUCCGAAAAGGAAACUUCUCACAAGACGACAUUGCUAUUGUCGAUCCUGCGCAAUGGCACCAUUACCAGCCUGGAUGGACGCUCGUCGGAGGUGGUUUGAAGAAGAAGGAAGACCUACGCCGUCCGUUGAAGGAUCUCAUAGACCCUAAAUUCAAGUUUUACAAUACCUCUGUGGGAAGCUUCGCACCCGAGGAAAACUACAUUACCACCGGUACCGGAGAGAAGAUUGCAUACGAACAGUUGGUCGUUGUGCCUGGUAUUACGCUCGACUAUGGUAGUGUGAAGGGCUUGAAAGAGGCGUUGAACGAGAAGGAUGCCAUGGUGAGCACUAUCUACGACUACGAGUAUUGCGACAAGGCGUAUGAGAAUGUAAAGAAAUUCAAGAAGGGUGAUGCAGUCUUUACUCAACCAGCUGGUGUGGUAAAGUGUGCUGGAGCGCCGCAGAAGAUCAUGUGGCUUGCGUUGGACUACUGGAAGAAUGCUGGACUCUACCCGUCGGAUAUCAACAUUAGCUUUGCUACCGGUCUACCUUCCAUGUUCGGUGUGCCAAAAUACGCAGCAGCUUUGGAAAAACUCCGCGUAGAGCGCGGCGUGGACGGCCUCUUCCAACACGACCUAGCCUCCAUCUCCGGAAACACAGCAACAUUCAACGUUGCAAACUCUGAACCCAUCAAGAAGCACUUCGACUUCCUCCACGUCGCACCCAAGAAUGUGCCUUGGUCUUUUGUCAAAUCCAGCCCCUUGGCCAACGAGGCAGGCUACGUCUCCGUUUCUGACUCUACCACUCAACAUACCAAGUACCCCAACGUCUGGUCCAUCGGCGACGCAUCCUCUUUGCCUACUUCCAAGACCGUUGCUGCUAUCACCGCCGAAGCGCCGGUCUUGGUGUCUAACUUGCUUUCUGCGAUGGCCGACAAGCCGCUGGAAGCCAGCUAUGAUGGUUACACAUCUUGCCCGUUGCUUACUGGGCAGAAGGAAGUUAUGCUUGCUGAGUUCAAGUAUGGUGGUGUGCCCAAGGAGACCUUCAACAGUUUACUAGGUAUUGACCAGGGCGUUCCGAGGAAGGCUUUCUAUUGGUUAAAGAAGGACUUUUUCCCGUGGGUGUAUGGAAAGUAUCACGUCAAGGGUGAGUGGGCAGGACCAAAGGGACUGGCUAGAUGAGAGAUUACUUGAUGGGGAGGAUGAUUGGAGAUCCGUGCUUGUGUCCUGUUCAGGCGCCGCGGGUGUUGUUGAGUUAUCCUGACUUUUGGGAUUGAGACACUUUGUCUUGAGAUGACACAUUUAGCGCUUUUGUUCUUCCAGCUAUGUUCAAGACCCAGCUGUUUCCGUAGCAUAAAAGUCGAAGAAGACAUCUCUUUGUCAUCUCCAUAAAUUUCCACGCAUAUAGUAGCGACAUCACGACGAGAUGAUCAUACAACAAUGAUCCCAGCAACUGAGGC